UUCCAUGGGCUAAUAAUGUUUAUUCAAAGACAUAAAAUAUGGCGAGGGCGUCCUAAACAACGAAAACGUGGGAAUUCACCGGGCCUGAAUAUUCCUCCCACGAGUUUUUAGGGGUGAUCCUCAGACGCCUGCGUUAUUUGGCUGUGAUUGGUUAAUUCACUCGGGUAUUACGUCAUGAAUAUAUCGGCAAAACUUCGUUUUGAGUUAGUCUCACAGUUGUCUCACGCGCGGAGUUACGUAGUAAACCAAGGAGGAGAAAACGCUUGAAAAUAUCUCCAUUUAUACCACCUAGAAAAACCGUAAACGAAAGCUAGGUCUCAAAAGGGUCUAUUCUAGUUAUUUUUCUUGCUGUUUGAGAGAUAAAAGAGCGUUGACUGCGGGACAGCCGGCUCAUGACUAUCGACGGUUCAAUGAAAGUUGGAGAAGUUCGAGUUGCGAAAGCAGAGGAUUUCGAGCAGUUUAAACGAUUAGCCGAAAGCACUGAAAAAUGGUCUCUUUUAUACGACAAACAUGGGAUCAAGGUGUUCUCAAAGUUCACAGAAGGGACUUCAGUAAAGAUGAUGAAGGUGGUUACACAAUUUAGUGAUGUUCCAUCCAUGGUUCUAUACGAUGUUCUUCAUGACCCAGAGUAUAGACGACACUGGGAUGAAAAUAUGAUAGAAUCAUAUGAACUAUGUAAACUAGAUGGAAAUAACGACAUAGGAUAUUACUCAGUCAAAUGUCCUGCACCAAUGAAAAAUAGGGAUUUUGUGACUCAGCGAUCAUGGUGUUGUAAACCAGAAGAAUUUCUAAUUAUAAAUCAUACAGUACAUCACAAGGCGGCCCAGCUUAAAAAAGGCUUUGUACGUGGAGACUCAAUUCUAACAGGGUAUUAUGUUAAAGCAAGAACUAAUGGCUGUUCCCUUACAUACGUCGCUCAAGUAGACCCAAAAGGUAUCUUACCAAAAUGGGUUGUCAACAGAGUUUCAAGCAAGAUUGCCCCCAAGGUGAUACACAAACUCCAUAAAGCAACAAUGGGAUACAAGGAAUGGAAAGAAAAUCAUUCCCCUGAAUACAAACCAUGGCUCAAACCAGAACAAAGCACCUUACCUGUGAUUAAAAAAGAAGACUUAGAAUACACAGAGUUGGUCUUUGAGUCAGAACAAGAACAAGAUACUAUGCAAGAACAAGAAGAUAUUGGGAAUGACACAGAAACAUACUCAAGCGAGGAUAAUCUUGAUGAUAUUUUAUGACAAGGAUCAUAAAAAUGAAUCACUACACUACUGAAAUUUAAUAAAUUAAUAAUUAUCAAAUCUUGAAAUAUAUUUUCAUGUAAUGCAAAGGUUGUUAAAUAGCCUUUAAAAAAGAUAGAAUAUUGAUGAUUACUUCAUAAUUUUUUGCUGUAAUGCAAUGUUAGGAAUUGAAUAUGUAGGUUGUAUAUUUUGAUUUUAUUGAUUUUGUAUGUGAGAGAGUUAAAUGUGAAACACAGUGCUAUAGUACUAGUUGAUGUGACGUGAGCUAUUGUUGUUACUAUGCCAAACCUAUAUCAAUUAGAAAUGAAGCAACCUGGUAACAGCUAUUGUGAUAAUGUUUGGCAAAUUAACAGCACAAUGCUAAAAUCGUAAACUCCAACUAUUGCUAUAUUAUUUUUGAUAUUUUGAUUUUAAGUAAUGAGACUUGAUUAUGUUUAUUUGUGUGCAGCCUUCAGAGCUGGAGGUCCACAAUUCAAUCCUCAGGAUUUGCACCUCUCAUUUGACUUCUCUCUAACAGAGCACUGAUGGAGAGAGGUUGUAAAGUGUGCAGGAAGGAACUACCGAUGUUAAUAUUAGUUAUUUUAUCUUUUGUUGUGAUUGAGAAUCAUGUCAUAUUUUUGUCUUUGGAGCACAAGUUGGGUUCAUCAAGACAUAUUUUUUAUACAUACUGUAACUGCACUUAAUUAAUUUAAAUAAUGAUUCCAUUCAACUUUAAUAGUAAUAGUUAUCUUCCAUCUACCUCUUCCUAAAGAUAGGUUUCACAAUAUUUAUUCUAAAAAAAGAUAGAAAAAUAGUGACUGGAUGAGAAGAGAAAAGGUUGUCAUAUUGGUCUCACUGAACUAGCUCCUACAUUACCAUCUUUUUUCUUUUCUUUGGGCUACUUAAUUUAAUAUUUGAGUAGAAUGAAAUGACUAAACCUGCGAAAUAGAUAUUAGACUAAUACACAUUAAGCAGACCAUUAUUCCAUUGUUUUCUUUUGCCUGAUAAGUUUUCUUUUGUGUCUUUGAUUUUUACAUGUUGACUAGUAUAUCUUAUUUCACAGGUUAAUUGCAUUUACUCCAAUACAGAGGCUAGUUUAAAGCCAUUAGUAAAAUGAAUGCUAAAUAUUUAAUGUUAAUAAAUUAUUAGUUAAUAAUGGUUGUUCAUUGUCAACAACAAUAGAUUCUCGAUGUUGUUCUUUAACAAUACAUUAAUAACAUUCAGUUUAAUUAAUGGUAAUAUCAAGUCUGUUAUUUGCUAAAAAAAGGUGUAGCUAUGCUGGCAGAACUACACAAAAUAUUCACAGAUGUAAUUAAUAAUUCAGACCUUUGAGGUAAAAUUUGUCACUAAAUUCUUGAGAAAGUUCAUAUUAAUAAAAACCAUCUAAAUUGAAA